AUGAGUUCCAAAGAGUCAGGGGAUAAAGUCCAGCGGACACUGGACUCAUGGUUUUCAAAGAGCGGCGCCAGUGGCAGUUCGAAUAAGACGACCACCACCUCCGCGCCUGCAUCAACAUCACAGCCCAAGCCAGACAACAAAAACAAGUCCACGGCUCCCAGUGGGAGUUUUCGUGAGAAUACACGCCGAAGGACUGAUCUUGCCGCCAUCGCGAAGGAAACGAGGACCGUCCUCCCAGAUAUCCUGCCGGAAAUCCCAAACGUGCAGGCCAGCAAGUCAGAGGCGCUGUAUCUCUCUACUCUACCCGCCCUCAAAGCCGCGGAUUGCCCCAAGCGCAAGCCCGCAGGAAGCACGGCCAUCCGGAUCGUCAACCAGGACACCUUCAAUGCGGCUAUUGAACUUGCGACGCAGUGCCCCGACGGCGGCCGCGUCGCCGUGCUGAACAUGGCCAGCCACUCGAGCCCCGGCGGCGGGUGGCUCAAGGGCGCCCUGGCGCAGGAGGAGGCCCUCUGCUACCGCAGCUCUCUGGCCCUGUCGCUGCACAGGAGGUACUACCCGUGGAAGCAGCGCAUGGGGCUGUACUCCCCCGACGUGGUGGUGAUCCGCUCCGACAUGCCUUCGGGCCACAACCUGCUCGUUCCGGAUGUGUCUCCCGCGGACCUGCCUAUCGUGAGCGUCCUGAGCAUCGCGGCGCCGCGGUGCCCUGAUGUGGCGCGGGCCUCGGAGCAGACGCCGACGGGGGGUUUGGUGGAGCGGACGGUGUAUGCCCAGUCCGAGGUGCGCGAGCUGAUGAAGGAUAAGAUGAGGCUGUGUCUGAGAAUGGCGGCGCAGCGGGACCAUGGGUUGCUGGUGCUGGGUGCGCUUGGCUGCGGUGCGUUUAGGAAUCCACCGAGGGAGGUGGCACACUGCUGGCUAGAGGUAUUGAAGGAGGCGGAAUUUGAGGGCGGAUGGUGGGAGGAAGUGUGGUUUGCGGUGUAUGACCGGAGGAAUGAAGGCAACUUUGAGGUGUUUGAGGAGAUUCUGGGCGGAGUUGAGAUCUGA